GAGGAGAGGAGAGAGACGAUGCCAGCCGGAGCUACACAGACUCUGUAAAACUAUUGAAUAUAGAUUAGGCUUCACCAGACCAGUAUAGCACCUCUGUCUACCUGUCUCUAGUUGUGUCUCGAGCUCUGUCUACCUGUUUUAGUUGUGUUUGGCUGCAUCUAGCCUGUGUCUCUAGCCUGUCUCUAGCCUGUAUCUACCUCUGUCUAUCUGUAUCAUCGGACCUCAACUUCGUCAGUCAAACAUGCAGGACCAUCACCACUACUUCAGUAGCAGGACAGCCUUUGCAUGGUGUCUGGUGUCUCUGGUGCUCGCUCAACAAGUGUCUUCGAGCCCUGUUCCCUCUGCAGACAUCCAGCCCAGCUCUGGUCAGCUCCAGCCGGGUCCGGGUCAGAGGGUACUGAGGAGGACAGCACGUAUGACCCCGCUGUGGAGGACCAUGUGUACUAAACCCUUCGGGGCGUACUGUCAGAACAACUACGAGUGCUCCACUGUAAUCUGCAGGGAUGGCCACUGUAUGUUCAGCCAAGCCAUCAAGUCCUAGAAGAGAUGACAGAGAAACACGUCCAACAUUUUCCCAAUCAGUUCUUCAUGGACUUGUUCUCCAGGAAUAUAUCAUAGCUCCCCUCAACCCUCCUUCUCCUCCACAGAGCCAAUUAUUAGUUAUGGUAUGGCUGGUUUCUAUUUAAGAAAACCUCCAAGCGUAAGGGUUAGGAUUUUUAAUAAGCAAGGAGAUUGGCAGAUUGUAUAUUAGCUUUUUGACUUUACGAAAGUCGAUGACAUGCAAAAAAUGUAUAUCUCUAGUACAUGAAGGGUUGAGAUAUCUUAAAUCAGGUGUUAAGAUAUUCCUUAGAGCAGGACUCUCCAACCCUGUUCCUGGAGAGCUACCCUCCUGUAGGUUUUCGCUCCAACCCUAGUUGUAGCUAACCUAAUUCAGCUCAUCAACCAGCUAAUUAUUAGAAUCAGUUGCGCUUGAUUAGGGUGGGAAUUGUUAAGUUGCGUCAAUUCAAAUCUGGUAUUAGGAACAAAAGAGGUCAAUACACGUCUUCUAAAUAGACUAGUAUUUUAAUUAAUGCAAACACUUCAAUGGUAAAUAAGAUGUUCGUUUAAACGGGCUCCCUGAAAUACCACGCAGGGCAGACAGAGAACUAAUCCAUUGUUAUGAGUUCUCCUUAAAAUACUCGGACAGUUUUUAGUUCCCGCUCUCUGCUGGGCCUAUCAGGGUAGAGACUGAGCGUGGUUUAGACUUACUCAGCCAAUCCGU